AUGCGUACACGGCACACACCUCCGCCGGGCUUUGCCGCGGCGGCACCGCCCUUGCCCUCGCCCCGUAUAAGAAGAGCACAAGGCCAGAGAAUUUACUCACCCACCCACACACACCAUUCAUCCUUCCACAACGCACGGUGUGAUACAGAGACAGCGAUCGAGCCGAGCGCCAUGGCGGAGGAGGCAAGGGCGGCCGGGGAAGAAGAGCUGUCGUCGGUGGCCGAGGGGGCUCCCGUGACGGCCCGGCGGCCCGUCCGAGCAGACCUGGAGAAGCACAUCCCAAAGCCCUACCUGGCCCGAGCUCUGGUGGCGCCGGACGUGUACCAUCCUGGAGGGAGCAAGGAGGGCGGUCACCAGCACCAGCAGAGGAGCGUGCUGCAGCAGCAUGUCGCCUUCUUCGACAUGGAUGGCGACGGCGUCAUCUAUCCAUGGGAAACUUACCGAGGACUGAGGGCACUGGGCUUCAACAUGAUCGUGUCCGUCCUCAUCGCAAUAGGCAUACAUACUACUCUGAGCUACACAACUCUGCCUAGCUGGGUACCAUCUCUGCUGUUCCCAAUCUACAUCGACAACAUCCACAUGGCCAAACAUGGCAGCGACACCGCGACUUAUGACUCCGAGGGAAGGUACAUGCCGGUGAACUUCGAGAACAUAUUCAGCAAGAACGCCCGCUCGUCGCCGGAUAAGCUAACGUUCCGGGAGAUCUGGAUGAUGACCGACGGCCAACGGCAGGCGAACGACCCAUUUGGAUGGGUGGCGAGCAAGGGGGAGUGGAUGCUUCUGUACAUGCUCGCCAAGGACGAGGAGGGGAACCUUCCGAGGGAGGCUAUUCGCCGCUGCUUCGACGGUAGCCUGUUCGAGUUCAUCGCCGACGAGAGGAGGCAGCCACACGGGAAGCACCAGUAG